AUGGGGUUAAAAGCGAAAAUCAUGGCGGGAGUAAAGAUGUUUGAGCCUCAUGGGUUGCAGAGACUGAUGGAAAUGGUGAAGGAGGUAGAGGAUUGGUCCGGCGAGGAAGAGCUGUCGCCGACCAAGGGAGGACGUUCCAAUAGUUUGGGCCUUUCGAAUACUUAUCCAAGGCCCAACUCCGGGGCCCAAGCAACAACACCAAAUUGUUUGAAGUCCGGCCCAAUACUGACAAACCUUAAUAAUCGUGGAGGGGGACGUGCGACGACGACUAAUGGACUUUUGAAAUCACCGUUUCGGCAUUUAACACCGGAGGAAGUGGCGAAAUGGCAGGCCGAGGGGCUUUGCUUUAAAUGUUAUGAAAAGUGGCAUCUGAACCACCUUUGUUCUAAACUAGAGCUGACAGUGUUAGUCACUCACGAAGAUGAAACAUGUAUUACGGCGAAGUAUGGUGUCUUGGUCACUGGUGGAGUCAAGAUUCAGGGCAGAGGGGUGAUUAAAGCCGUCGAUCUGGUGCUACCCUUGUGCACGAUCUUCACUAGUUUCUUACCAUUAGAACUGGGAAUCGCAGACGUCAUUCUUGGAGUCCAGUGGUUGGAUACCUUGUGGGAGAUGCGCGUUAACUGGAAGCUUCAGUGGAUGAAGAUCAUGUUGGAGGGAGAAUGGGUGACAAUACAAGGCGAUCUCAGUCUCCACUCGGCAGAAGUGUCGCUCAAAUCACUGUGGAAGGCACUUGGAAAGGAUGGAGAAGGUAUUAUAGUGGAAUAUAGCGGGAUACAGAGAGACGAGGCGGUAAUACCUGUUACUAUGACUGGUCAGUGGAGGAGUGUCCUUGAGCGCUACGCUCAGGUGUUUGAAGAACCAAUAGGUCUACCUCCUUCACGUGCGAAGGAGCAUGCUAUCAAUCUAGAGGAAGGAGCUAAGUCUGUAAGCGUGAGACCAUUUCGGUCCACUCAGACCCAGAAGGCCGAAACUGAGAAGCAGAUUGCCUCUAUGUUGGCUGCAGGCAUAUUUCAGGAAAGCAACAGCCCUUUCUCCAGUCCGGUGUUGUUGGUCAGAAAGAAAGACGGAAGCUGGCGGUUUUGCGUAGACUACAGAGCGCUCAAUGGUGUUACGGUGGCGGACAAAUACCUAAUCCCGAUGAUCGACCAGCUUCUCGAUGAAUUACAUGGUGCUAGAGUAUUCUCGAACCUCGAUCUCCGCUCAAGCUACCAUCAGAUAUUGGUGAAGCAGUCAGAUGUGCCGAAGACAGCGUUUCCGACCCACGAUGGGCGUUACGAGUUCCUGGAAGUUCGUGCGCAGCUACGGGAGUAUUGCGCGUCCACUAACGUGACUGCUCUGAAAGGAUCAGUUCUAGUGGGGAUCAGAAGCAGCUGCAGCCUUCGAGUCAUUGAAGCAAGCAAUGUCGUUGGUACUGGUGCUGGCUAUGCUUAA